AUGUACUGGAGCACCAUUAUCAAAAAUUACAAAAUUUUUAAUAAAGUGUUGACAUCUGCUCAUGCUUUGUCGUGGACAUCAGAAAUUUUAGAGCAAUUCAGAAACUUUUCAGAGAACCUUAGUGCUGACAACAAGCUCAAAAUCAGUAAAGUGAACCCGAGCAAAAAAAUUAUUGAAUUUUUGUCUGCCAAGUUACCAAAGUAUGGUUCUAAUAACGAAACCUACAGCUUAGGUAAUCUGUCUUUUAUUGAACUUGAGUUUGAUGAGUUUUUCUCUAUGUCUAAACUAGCAGUGCUACCAUCCGAAAAAUUAUUUUCAAAAUCUGGCAAUGUCAUUAGUGACCGCCGAACUCGCCUUGACCCUGAAUAUGUGCACAUGAUUGUGUACCUUCAAUCUAACAUGCAUUUAAUCAAACUUGCUAAAAAUGUUAUGUUGUCCGAUUCAGAAGAAAAUAAGCUAGCUAAGAAAACUGUCAAGAGUUCUCAAAGUUUUCAAGAAGGUAAAGAAAGAGAUUCUUAA